AUGGACGAAUCUUCUGGACACCAUCUCAGUGGUGUGCUUCAAUUCGACGACCGAGAGAAGUACGACGCUGCACAGAAUGACGGACGAACCAAGGAGUUGCUCGACGACAUCGGGAAAGGGCGUUUUACGAGAAGCCAGCCAAUCUUCCUGACAGGAGGUUUGCUGGUGGAGACAGCGCGGAAGGUUAAGGGCGGCUUAAAUCAGAAUGGCGCGAAAGGCAUCGUCAGCCGGGAUGUGGGAGUAUGCUCUGAUUCUGCUUCAGUAGCCAAGGGUGAUAUCGUGGGCAUGCUGUUUCGAAUAGACCCGAUUCAGUUGUGA